AUGGUUGAUGCGUUCAAUAAGGUCACUAUCAAUAACGAAGUUGGACUGUCCAAUGAAGAAAAGGACGCAUUUCGAUGCAAGUUUUAAUUUACUUUGCCCAUUAGAUCAAUUCGUGAUGAUCAUUCAUAAUUUGCGGUUACAGCGGUCAAAGUGCGCGUCCGACAGGCAAUCGGUAACUACAUUCUGGCAGAAGAUUGGGAAAACGCUGAGGACUUCACAAAGUUAUCCAAUGAAAUCAUUUCCUUUCUUCUUACAUGUGCAAACCAAAUGCUGGUGAAGGACGCUCGUUACUGGUCCAACGAAACAUUUUCCUAUUUCUUUGCCGCCUUUAUUGGAUAUUUAUAUGGUUCUGACCAGAAGGAAGUUGCAAAGAUAUUGGCCAAAAAGAAGGAUGCAUUAAAGAAACUUUCACGCGAGUACGGAAACGGAAUCUUUGGAACUCCUCAAGGUAUGGUUCUAAGCAAGUGCACUUACGGAGAAGGCCUCGGGAAAUAUUUCUUUAUUAAAUAGAGAUGGAAAUAAAUUGAAUUCAUUGUGUUCAUAUAUAAUAGUUGAAACUCUCUGCAAUACAUACAUAAAAUGGAAAAAGUUCCUUAUUUUGGCCACAACCAAGGUACUCCGCGAACUGCGCCCAAGCUUGGGCACUAAGGUUAGGAAAAAACGCUUCGACCUAGCUGGAACUGAAUUACUAUAAUAGCUUUAUAGUUUUAAGGGUACCUACAAAGGCUAUGACGACUCAUUUAGUUCCAUACGGAUUCAAUAAGUUUAGUUCCGGACAUGUUUCAUCGUAUAAGGUGUAAAAUCACAGGCUGCAGCCGUUUUUGAAGGGUAAGGUGGUACGUAAAAAAGAAGGUACCUAGCUGACUAAAUCCACUGUCCGGGCAUUGACAACGAUGAAUUGAGCGUGCACGCUAAAUUUUGCCUAAUUCCGACCAGUUUCCACAAAGUUAUAAGUUGUGGCCAAAAUAAGGAACUUUUACCCAUAAAAUCCAUCCACUAAUUACGUAUGAUUGGUAAACUAUCAGUCUGUCGGAGAAAUAAUUCGGACCAGUCGUAGGCCGAGGAAUUGGUGCACUCGCAAGAAUUCAAUCCGCGACAAGUCCAAGUUAUUUUCCCGACAAACUGAUAUUCCAGAUGUUGUGAGAGUCAAUAAUAAAUGAAUCUGAAUGAUAGGGAGAGGGAACGCACGGCAAACUGAAAUAGAACACAAAUGUCUUCCGCCCACUUUUGAGUUUCGUCCAAACGAAGUGUCACAACUGACAAAAGCAAUAAAAUAAUUUCGAGAGAAAUAUUUUUCCAUCUAAAAACCACACGAAAAAUUCUGUUGUGACAUUUCGUAUGAAUUUGACCGAUACUGGGUGUGCAAAGUGCCGAAACGAGGAAGGAGACUCCCUGGGUUGCCGUGGAACGUACUCUUAUGACAAAUAAAUUUUUUGGUUCCUUACGACUCGUCGCUCGCAAUCAGAAGCUUCGCUGUACAAUAAAAUGUUCAGAUUUGAUUAUCAACGUAACAGUUGACCUAAUUUAAUGACUACACAUCAAUGUAAGGGUAAGCAAUGCUCAUCGCAGAUCUUUCUCCCUCUAAAUGCCAUAAGUGGAAUUCCUCAAACGUUUUGCCCAAGAAUCCAUUGCUUGUGGACUUUUUUGAAUGUGUCAACCAUAAACUUGACUAGGAACUAAAAAAAGCCGUGUGAUUAAACGCGCACUUGGACGUUUAUUCAAUUGCGCGUUAUUUCGCAAUAUUCAGCUUUGCUUACGAACAGAAGCGCAACACUUUUUACAAGAAAAAUCUCUGUGAUAAAUUUCUGUAGACAUAUCUUACACGGCUACAGACAUCAAAGGCCUCAUUCUUUAUUUGAGUUUCUCCACAGUUGGUUUGCUGAAUUCGACGAUGGUCUUUACUCAUAAUAAAUUGGGAAAUCUUGAUUACUGCCCUUCUUGGGCCGCCUUUUACUACAAGGUCAUGUGUCUUGUUUUUAUGGUUGUAUGUUUCUAUUGUUCCAAAUCUUCAGACCAAGACAAUUUUGUUUGUCGUCCGGAUCCAAAUAUAGUAAGUUCCUGUAAAUCUUUUACUGAUUUUUAGUAUCCCGGCUAUAAACCAUGCCUUCUCGUAGAGAUUUUCCAAUACAACCAGUCGUAUGAGAUUGACGCAGAUUUUAUCAAAAAUCUGAACAGAGAUGCUUUGCAAAGUCGACGAAUUUUUUCCAAUGAGCAUUUUAUCAUUGGAAUAAUGGUUGUGUUUUUAAUUUUGCUCCAUCUACUGCUUCAAGCACUGAGUGAUACUGCCGGUAGGUGGCUUCUGUUUCUAACUCAUAGCUUUAGGAGGCUUCAAGCGUGAUGUGUUGCAAUUACUAAUGGCCUCCAAAAACAGUGAUGACAUAUCGUACGCCUUGUCAACGUAUUUUUGCUACAACAUAAACUCAAACGGAAAAAGUAGGUGUUUAGUCAGAGAUAAUAUUUAUUUAUUUUUAUUAUUUUUUUUGUAUAUACUUUUCUGAAUUUUUCAGGAAAAUCUCGCAUGACCUUUGGCUACGCUUUGCUUCAUAUCGUACACAGAGUCGUAAUUCUCCUAGCUCAUAUGGCGUGUUUUUGCAUUGGAGCGUACAGCUACACGGUGGGGGGAUUAGAAAACGGAUUUAUUGGUUGGGGGUACGAGGAAUUGAUCAAGUUAAUAAAUUCCGAUGAAUCGAGCAGCUUCUACCCGGUGAGUCAUACAAAUUUUUUUAAGAUUGAGCAUCAUCUUUUGUAAUAAAACUUUAUUUUUAGGAAGUUUUAUGUAUAGAAAGGACUACCUCUCAAACAUACCAAGAAAUAACGAUAGCGCUGGACUGCCAGUAUCAGUUCUUUACUCAUACUAUAUUAUGUGCCUACGUUGUCUACAUAGGGUCUGUCUGCGGGAUCGUUGUCACCACCUUCUCCAUUCUUCGAACCUUUUACACUUUAGACUGCUCUUUUGGAGGACCAAAGGCUUUGUUUGUCGCUCACGUAAGGAUUCAUUUAAAAAAGUUUAUAUAAGUUCGAGUUCCUUUACCAUAGAUUUGGUGGCUUUGAUUAUAUAAUAAUUAACUGAAUUUUAGGAUAUGUCUGUCCCCUAUGAAGCCAUGAAAGAAGACAUCAACAUCUGUCUGGACACAGAUCUAUUGUUUAUCAUUCAUAACUUACCACAUGAAGUUCAGCAUGAUAUUUGUGUUUUUAUGACGUCGGAAAAAAAGACUAAAAUGGCAAUCAACAUUUAUUGA